AUGACUAUUAAACAAAAAGUGUUGUUUUUAGAAAGACCUCAAGUUGAAAAGCUUGAAGAUUUUGAAUCUAAAUUUGAAUGUUUAUAUUAUUCAAUCACAACAUUGGAACAAAUGAUAGUAGAUUUUCAAACCAAAUUUACUGAUAUUGUCGCAAUAUAUUGUGGUUGGACCGGGUUUGCUCCAAUUGGUGGACUUAAAGGAAAGUUGCUUGAUUCCGUUCCAGAAAGUUUAAGAGUUGUUACUACUUGCUCUAUUGGAUAUGAUAUUUUCGAUGUUGAAGGGUUGUCUGAAAAGGAAAUUAUCUUAACCAAUGUUCCGUCCACUAUAGCUAGUGAGGCUGUUGCUGAUUUGGUUUUAUAUAAUACUAUUAACAGUUUUAGAAAUAUCAAGUUUUAUGAACAAUUUACUGGUAAAGAACAUUUUGCACAUACCGGUAUCUUGAGACAGUCAUUGCUUCAUGCUCAAUUUGAUCAAGAAAACGGCACACCAAUUGUUGAACCAGUAUUUGGAAGUUCAUAUGGCCACUCAUGCUGCAAUAGGGAAAAUCUUUCACCUAGAAGUCAUAAUGCUGUUAUAGUCGGGUUUGGUAAUAUUGGUGAACUUAUUGGCGCCAGAUUAUCCUGUAUUGGAAUGAAUAUUCAUUAUGUUAAAAGAAACAGACUUUCAGAAUCACACGAAAAGUCAUUAGGUUACAAAGUCACAUAUCAUUCGAGUUUAGAGGAAACAACCAAAUUUGCUGACUUGAUUAUAAUAGCUUGUCCCGGAUCUCCAACAACCAGACAUUUAAUCAAUAAAAAUUUAAUAGACAAGAUGGAAAAACCAUUUAGAAUCAUUAACAUUGGAAGAGGGUUUGUAAUUAAUGAAGAUGAUCUCGUACAAGGAUUGAAAAAUGGUAAAGUAUUAUUUGCUGGAUUGGAUGUGUUUGAAAGAGAACCAACUAUUCACCCAGAAUUGAUAAAUAGACAAGAUGUUGUUUUAACACCUCAUAUUGGUUCAGGUAUUGCCGAGAACUAUAAAUACACUGCGGAUGUUGCCAUGGAAAAUAUAGAAACCGUAAUAUUUAGCUACGAUAAACCCUUAACCCGAGUUAAUUAA